AUGGAGAGCUUUGAGAAGUUGCGCCCCAUCGACAGACUGGAGCGUUACUCAACCGCCCGCCACGACUUGAAGUUCUAUUUUGGUCCAGCAGUCACGGCCUCGUACAGGCUCCCGAGAAGCCAUGCUCCGCGGCUGAAGGAAUGCAUCUACCAGGCUUUGGGAGAUGUUGUCACUCGGCAUCCGAUCCUCUCGGCUAUCGUCGUGGACGAGAGUACCCAGAAGCCGUACUUUGUCCGUCUCCCAGAGAUUCACCUGGACAGAUGUGUGCAUUUCCAGGCACGACAUCGAGACUACGACCCGGCCGUGGAGGAGCAGCGAGACGUUGAACUAGACGAGUUCUUCAGCACUUGGCAUGGCGGCCCUUACGAACCGCCAGACCCUUUCUGGAGAUUGUAUAUCCUGACUAGCCCUGCUCACCCCUCCAACUUCACCGCGUCUUUCUUCUACCACCAUGCCCUGGGCGACGGCGCUUCAGGAAUGGCGUUCCACAGAGCCUUCCAUAGCGCCCUAUCCGAAGCCAUCUCAACUCCUCCGACUAAGCUGCUAGCUCCAGCGCCAGUCAUCUCCUCGUCCUCGACACCGUUGCUGCCGAGUCUCGAAUCGCUCCACCCAUUGCCUGUCUCGCCGUGGCAUCUCCUCACCGUCCUCUUCAAACACAAGAUCUGGUCCAGUCGCGAUCCCGGCCUAUGGACAGGAUCAAAGUGUACCACACCUUUGGGACUGCCCGGCGCUCGACAUCUCGCUUUCUCGGCCUUGAACACGACGGCAUUCAAGGAUGUCUGCCGGGAGCACGGCACGACUAUCACCGCGGCGCUUCAGACACUGAUCGCCGGUGCGCUCUUCUCUCAUCUGUCCGAGAAGUUCACCAAGCUCGCAUGUAGCGGUGCCCUCUCCGCCCGGCGAUUUCUGCCCACGGACGCCGGGAUCACAGAUGAUAGCAUGGGAGUCUGGGUCCUGGGCAUGUCCGACACGUACACGCGAGACAACUUCCGCCAACGCGGCAGCGGCUCAGGACAGGGUGAAUACGAUCUGUUGCCGUGGACCGAGGCCCAGCGCUCCCGCCGGAACAUUGAGCACGUCUUGAGCUUGGAGGGCAGGAACACGGAAGUCGGACUGCUCGGGUACGUGAACGAUUACCAGCAGGAGCUGUUCCUGUCCAAGGUCGGUAAGGACCGGGACGCGAGCUUUGACGUGUCCAACCUGGGAGUAUUCAAGCCGGCGACGGCGACCGUGUCAGAGGGUAGUCAAGAGGUGGAGAUAGGUCGGAUGCUGUUCACCCAGAGCCCUGGCGUGACGGCGGGUGUAUUUCAAGUGUCUGUCGUCACCGGGCCAGACGGGUGUUUGGUGCUAGGAGUAACGUGGCAGAAUGGCGUCGUGGACGACGAACUCGUCGAGAAAGUCAUGGAGAGCGUGAAGGAGGAGGUAGAGCGCCUCACAGGCGGUAAUUGA